CAGACUCAGAAGACUGAAGACCUUCGUGUGGUGAGAACUGCUGCGCGGCUCCUUUUUGGCUGCGGCAUAGAGAGUAUUAAGAGUUUUAAUAACCCUUCCGCUGGUGUAAAGUAAUCGUCAAGGAUGCGGCAAAACAUCAUUGUUCACCUGUAUGGCCUGAUACGGGACAUGUAUGCCGAGCAUGGCGAUCCCCGUGUGGCCCACCUGCCACUGCUUGGCAAUCUGUGGAUUGUCCUGGCCCUGGUGGGUGUGUAUCUCGCCUUUGUGCUCCACUAUGGACCCAAAUGGAUGGAGCACCGCAAGCCAUACGAACUGAAGACCGUCAUGCAGGUGUACAAUGCCGUGCAGGUGGUGGCCAACACGAUUGUCUUUCUGUAUGGCCUGACGAACACAUAUCUGCAGCCGGGCUUCAGCUGGACCUGCCAGCCCUUCGACAAAACGGACACCUCGCCCCGUAUGAUGCAUGUGCUGUGUGCCACGUAUGUCUACUAUAUGCUCAAGUACUUGGAUCUGCUCGACACGGUGUUUAUUGUGCUGCGCAAGAAGAACUCGCAGGUGAGCUUCCUGCAUGUGUACCAUCACGCCGGCAUGGUAUUCGGCGUCUCCAUAUACAUGACCUUCCUGGGCGGCUCGCAUGCCACCAUGCUGGGCAUUAUCAAUCUGCUGGUGCAUAGCGUUAUGUACGCCUACUACUACGCCUCCUCGCUGGGCGCCCUGCGGCACAUACUCUGGUGGAAGCAGCGCAUCACACAGCUGCAGCUGGCCCAAUUUGGUUACCUCACGCUGCACUUUCUGCUGGUGAUCGUGCGCAAUCCGUGCCGCUUUCCCCCAUUCAUUGCGUUCAUUGGCUUCAUCCAGAACAUCUUUAUGUUCUUCAUGUUCUUUGAUUUCUACUACAAGACCUAUAUACGGAAGCAGAGGCAGCAGCAGCAGCCGCCAGUGAAACGGGAGAGUCCAGCAGAGGCCGGUCUAAAGCUCAGCUGAGCUCAGCUGCAUUGCCCGUUUCGUGUGUAUCCGCCACGUAGAAGUCUUAAACGCAGCCACACACUCGCCAUUUGCAUAUUACACUCACACGUAUAGCACACACACACACACACACACACACACACACACACACACACAAUAUACAUAUAAUUUGCGUUGCUGGCCUAGUCGCUUAUGCAAAUAUAUCCACGCGAUAUAAAUAAACAUUCGAACUUGCUACCUCGCCCCGCCUCGCAUCGCC